AUGUACGAAGCGACUAUCCCAAUACAUUUGAGCAGCGGAGAAAGCCACGAAAUUGCUGUUCGAGGUGUCGGAUUUGUACCAGGAGCAUCAGAAGCAGACAAGGUCACCAAAGAAAGCAACAUCGACAAUGGAUAUGGAUGCACCGCCGCCAGGCCAUGGACAGACGGGCUUCGCAUCGUCAUGUCAGAUGCUCUCGCCAUGGUCUCCCAAGAGAUCAUUGAUAUGGGUGAUAUUGCAGUGAAGGGUGUGUCAUGCCGCCUAGUGGAAGUAACGAAUCAGUGCAUGAGGGACGUCAGUUUUGAGUGGAAAUUGGAUGCAUUCAGAGCUGAGAUGGGAUUGGCUUUGGGGCGCCUUACCUUGGAUCCCUGGCAGGGGAGCAUCGCACCAGGAGAUACACAGCUCGUUAAGAUCCAGUAUGAAGGGGGUCUCCAAGCAGAAAUUUUGGACGGGACUGUCAGGCUGCUGGUUAGGUCCAUUGAAGACCAGCCAGAGGCUGAAGUGGCAUAUUGGGAGUCGCACGAUGUAAACAGCGAAGAGAUCAUUGCGGAAGACCCUCCCAGGGGAGCGCGCCACGAGCCGGGCAUGGUCGUUGGCAGCCGACUGCCCGUGCAUGCCUCGACCACAAAAUCGAUCAGGGGCCGCCUGACGCCAAUUCGCAAUCGGCAUGAAGCGAUGUUGACGGAAAUCGACAGAACCAGAGACGCGCACUUGGAGAAGGAACCUCUCUCCGAGUCUCAGGUCAUCAUCGUCACGAUAAAAGGAUGCGUCGCUGAAAAGUCAUCCAAGGAUGACCAGUUGUUCGUUCCUCCAAUUCCGUCAAGCAUGGGAACCACUGAAACCGACAAGCGCGCCCCCAUCAGCAGGGAAGGGAUAAUUUUAUCCCGCAAUGUCGUAUCAGGCAUAAUAUCUGAGUCCCUCUGCAGCGAGUGCUGCCAGCGUCAGUUCGAGUCCCUGGACUACGAUCCGCGGCCUUUUUUUGUUGAGAUGUCAAGCAAUGCGGGUGCGGGGCAUGAUUCGGAACAACAGGACAUGCCGCUGCCUUCAGUGGACGGUGCAUCCGAACGUGGGGACGCGCCGUUGGACAUGAGCACAGAGGAAGACCCCACAGCCAGCGAUGUUGAAUCCGCUGUGGAGAAAAAUGAGGCGUGUCUCGCCGAGGACAGCCCGGUGCAGGAAGAGGGCGGCAAUGAAGUGCAGCUGGGUGGGGUUGAAGCACCCGAUGAGGUUGCUGAGGAGAUGGGCAGCAUCGACUCUGGCCGCUCGCAAGGGAAGCCCCCAGAUCCUUCGGAAACUGUGCAUGUGAGAAGGCCAAGAAUGGAAGUGCCAGCCGUGCACAAAUGCGGCGGACCGGCUGGUGCAAGGCCAGAGUUUCAGCUGUUUGCGGACUAUGUGUUGGGCAGUGCCAUAUAUGCGCUGCUGCAGGAGAGCGCAUAUGGAGAAUAG